AAACAGAAGAAGAAGAAGUGGUGGCGCAACACAGUUUAGCUAACCCAGACAGUAGGUGUAGUUCAUGACAGCUGCCCCAUCCACAAUAACGCUACAACUUAGCCUCAUUUGCUGUCCAUCCUCGUUUUCAUAUGACAUCCUUCAAACCCGGCGGCCACAUCGCACUAUGUUCGAGGAUCCUGAUCUCCAAGAUCCGUUGUCACUGAGUCUAAAUGAAAAUUUUGAUGACCAGAAUUUGCCACAUCAUGAUCCAAGAAAAGCACCAGCAAGUCCCGACUAUAAUUGUGAGACACCAGAGAUUAGAGUAAUCAUCAAAGAGGAAGAGGACGGCUGGACUGUGAGUGAAAAUCAUGAGAGCUUCUGUUCAGAGGAAGAAAAAGAGGAUACUUCUGCACACAGUUGUCAGUCCAACCUCAAAGCAUGUGGGAAAGAGAGCUCCAUUUCAUAUGGAGUAAAGAGACAAGAGAGAGUUAAUUCGGUGGAGAAACUCUCGGAGGAGUCCGGUGGCCCCACUCUCUAUGGCCAGAGCUCCUCUGCCACAGAGGGGCGGCAGAGACACAUGCUCAUUGACUCUGAUGAGAAACCUAAGAUUUCCUGUGUUCGCGGGAAGGCUGCGGGAAAUGAGACUCUGGAUCAGAGCAGUAACAGGGGACAGAAAUCUUUCUCCUGCCCCAUAAGUGAGACGACCCCCAGUCACAAAAGAAACAUGAAUUCCCAUCAGAGAACACUUGCCGAGGAUAGGUGUUACGCUCCGGACCAGAGCCUCGACGUAAAACAAAGCACAUCUUUGCCAACAGAAGCAGAACUACAAGAGACCAAAAGAUCAGCACCUUACCAAACCGAUUCUCCUGAACAUAAGCCCCUGAUGUCACAUGGACUCAAGAUGGCAUCUGCAAACUUAGAGGACCAAACACUCCAUUUGACUGUUAGAUUGCAGGCGGGGGAGGAUGAGGAAGAGGAGGAACAAGAUGAAGAAAUUGGAGGUUUAAUCAACUCCGAUGGAGAAGUGGUAGAGUGGGAUGCCAGAGACAGUCCUGACCGAGGCUCUGAUUGCACAGAAAGUCCUCAGCCUACCAAGGGUGUCGGCCUUUCCGAGUCUCAGCUGCAAGGCCAAAACCAGAGAGACAGCAGUAGUCCAACGCUUAUCAUGGAAGUUGUGUCUGUGGGAGAAGAUGAAGAAAGGGAAGAAGGGGAGAAAAAAGAGAGAGUAGUAAAGAUGACGACUGUUUCGCCCUUAUACCGUGCAGGAAAGAGACGCAGAAAAAAGAAGAAGGUUCCAGAAAUAACAGUGGCAUCAAUGGAUGUCUCAGACGCAGAGAGAGAAGCUCCUGCAAAUCCUGUAAAAAGAAGGGGCAGAAGAAGAAAGAUUUCAGAAACUCCAUUGCUGUCUGGAGAAGACUUGGAGGCAGAGCCUGGAAUAUCAAGGCGUACUCGACGAAAGAGAAAAUUCCAUACCAUAGUGGAAUCAGAAGAAUUAAACCCAAAAACUGUCCGCCGUGUCUCCGCAAAGCGACCUUACAGAAGAAAGAAAGAUACCAAAACAUCUCCUGAAGGAGAAGGAGAAAACACUGGUGUUUCAGCUGGGAAGAAGCGUCCUGGCAGAAAGAUGGUUCGUGUACCGGUAGAAAUACCUCCUGAGCUCCUGAAGAGGCCCAAAGAGAAGAUAGAGUACCACUGCUCGGUUUGUGGCAAAGAAUUUCCUCAUGCCUAUAAACUAGAGAGGCACGAGCUGAUCCACACAGGAGAGAAACCUUACUGCUGCUCCAUCUGUGGUCGGGGUUUUAACCAGAAGGGAAAUCUCAAAACGCACUACAAAGUCCACUUAGACUGGCGAGACAAGCUUCUGCUCAGCCCUGAAUGUCCAGAGAUCCUGGUUAAAGUGAUGAAGAUAAUGAUGAAAUGUGCUAAAGGUCGUAAGGGUGUUGUGGACUUUGAGGAUGAGGUGAAUCCCAUAGCGUCAGAACUCUCCGAAUACUUGAAGUCUCUGCCGGGGGAGUCCAGGAUCAGAUCUUCCCUCCGUUGCCUGGAAUGUGGAAAAGACUGUGAGAGUCAGUCUGCUUUACAAGCACACCACAUUACUACACACGCACAGACAGCUGCUGAAUCAGACACAGUUGAGCACAGCACAUCACAGCUUCUCUUCUGCCGCCGCUGUGGCAUUCAGUUUAGCGAAAAAGAAAAGCUGGAAGAACACAUGAAAACCCACAUCAAGGAGAAACCCUACUCUUGUCCCGACUGUGGCAAGAGGUUCAUCAAUGAGAGCUACAUACAAAUUCACCAGCGCAUCCAUACUGGGGAGAGACCGUUCCUCUGCUCUCAGUGCGGCAGAGGGUUCCACACGGCUUCAUCUCUCAAGCUGCAUGAGAUGCAGCACUCUGAGGAAAGGCCGUUCGCAUGUUCCAUCUGUGGGAAGACGUUUCGGAUAAACUCGUACCUAACAGCACAUUACCAGACCCACAUUAAAGACAGACCUUUCAUUUGUAGCAUCUGUGGGAAAGGCUACUCUAGAGCCGAGGAACUGAAGGUACACCACAGGCUUCACACUGGAGAGAGACCCUACGAGUGUGGAGAAUGUGGGAAGAGCUUCAUUUACCGCCAAGGUCUGCGUCAGCAUCAGCGCACACAUGCUGGAAAACGCAUCGGGCCAACAAGACAGCUCGGCAGACCGAAGCAACAGGCCAGGAUGGACAUCUAACAGUCGCUCCAAUGAUUAGUUGUUUAUCUGUGUCUGAAAAUAUUGCAGUAAAAUGAACUUCUUCCUUGUUCUUCUUUCUUCCAUUUCUCCCCCAACUACAGCACUGACGAUUACUGUGUCUGAAAAUACGUGCAACAGAGUCAGUGUGGAUUGCCAAGAAUAAUUUGGAAGCUUACUGUGUUGUCUUUCCUGUAUUCAUGUUUUGUACUCAUGUUUUUAUGUUAACUCUAGUAGCCCAUCUGUACAAUUCGAGUGCCUUUGUAUCCUGCAUGCCAAAUACUAAUACUUAAUGUUAAAAAUUA